AUGAUUGAAGAACGGCGAGGGGCUCCCUACGGCGUCCUCUUGGCGGUGGUGGUGGUGCUAGUGUUGGUGGGUCCGACACUACUGGGCGACCAAGGUGCAGCCAUAACCGAAUUCAUAGCUGAAUUCAUAGCUGAGCUUCUGAGUCCAGUGGGUCUCUUCCUACUUCCCAUAGCCCUCCUCCUCACCAUCCAAUUCCUCUCUUCUGAUAGGGGAUCUUUCAUCUCCGGCAUCUUCUCCACCGGCGAGCCCAACUCCAUUGGGUCACCCGUCGGCGUCGCUCUCGUGCUUAUUCUCGUUCUGUUCCUUCUCUACUACCGGGUCUCCAUCUUCGGCGGCGGGGAUGACGAGUCUGAGGAAUAA